GAUUAAUAUUAGAUUAAUUGUUCACGUUUGUAUCAUAGCUCUUAUUACAACCGCAUGCCAUUGAGGGCUACUAUGCCCAUCUCAACCCCAUCAAAAUGGCAUCUUCUCAUCGAUUAGCCUGGCGUUUUCUCUCCUCGCCAGCUAACCCACUCUCCGCCUCCAAACGAAUUCCUUCCUACCUUCGUCCUCGAAUCGCCACACGCCAUGCUUCUACGUCGACAGACUCUCAGCCGAUAUCCCGUUUAAGACCAUGGCUGUACGCAACUACCAUCGCGGCAACCGGUUACGUAGUGUACGUGUAUACUACCGACACGCGCGCUUUCGUCCAUCGCUAUGUUGUGCCUCCGAUGCUCCGUUUCGUGUUCCCAGAUGCCGAGGAAGCCCACAACGCAGCCGUCUCCUCCAUGAAGAACCUAUAUAACCUAGGGCUACACCCACGAGAACGUGCUUCCGCCAAAGGGACGCCUGAGCUUGCUAUUCCCGUAUUCGGCACGCAGCUAGCAAAUCCGGUGGGCAUAUCCGCGGGGCUCGACAAGCAUGGUGAAAUCCCGGACGCACUGUUCGCAUUGGGAGCUGCUGUGGUCGAAAUCGGCGGGUGCACGCCCCGGCCCCAGGAGGGGAACCCUAAGCCACGCAUGUUCCGCAUCCCCACUCUCGAUGGACUGAUUAAUCGAUACGGACUGAACUCCCGCGGUGCCGACGACAUGGCUAUGCGGCUGCGGAACCGGGUUAGGCGAUUCGCCAAACAAGUCGGACUGGACGAGGCGAGCGUUCUAAACGGUGAGGCCAACGUACCACCGGGAAGCUUGCUCUCGGGUCGCAUGCUGUUGGUGCAGAUCGCCAAGAACAAGGAGACGGACGAGCGGGACGUGGAUGCUGUGAAGAGAGAUUACGUAUACUGCGUGCAGCGGCUGGCACCAUAUGCGGACGUGCUUGUAGUCAAUGUGAGCAGCCCAAACACACCGGGCUUGCGGGACUUGCAGGCCGUGGAGCCCUUGACGCGGAUACUGAGCGCUGUGGUCGACGAGGCGAAGAAGACGGUUCGGAAAGAGAAACCUAAGGUGAUGGUCAAGGUCUCGCCGGACGAGGACGAAGAUACUCAGAUGGAAGGUAUCGUACAGGCGGUUUGGUCAAGUGGCGUCGAUGGAGUUAUCGUAGGGAACACGACGAAACGUCGAACUGGCAUAAUCCCGUCGAAGGUGAACAUUACGCCGAGGGAACAUGUCACGUUGACGGAGACUGGUGGGUACUCCGGCCCGAUGAUGUUCGACCGCACCGUGGAUUUGGUCAAGCGAUACCGGAAGAUGCUAGAUGGCCAAUCGUUGCAAUCUACCGUGGCCAAGGUAACGGCUGAUGAGGCUGCCGAUGCUAGCAUAACAGCUAUCGAAGGAACUAUCACCGGAUUCUCCGAGAACGAACCCAAGACUAGCUCUAACCAGCACCCGGAGCAGAAGGUCAUUUUUGCUACCGGUGGAAUCUCUAACGGACGUGGGGCGUUAGAGAUGUUGAAUGCCGGCGCAAGCGUUGCCAUGAUCUACACAAGUCUCGUAUACGGAGGUGCUGGAACCGUCACGCGUAUGAAGAGGGAAAUGAAAGAGGAAGUGGCGGCUGAAAAGUAAGCAUAGGUAAAUAAAAAGGGGCUAUCAUAUGGGAUGUAUGAAAAACAUCCACUGUACUAUUAUCACCAUACAUGCAUAAUAGACGAUAGAUGGGUGGUCCAAAUCAAGAUGGACCUAGCUUGGAACUUAA